AUGAUCCAAGGAGGCGACCCCACUGGCACUGGCCGCGGGGGUCAGUCCAUCUGGGGCGGCAAGUUCAAUGAUGAGAUUCGCGAGACCCUCAAGCACAAUGUGCGUGGGAUAUUGUCGAUGGCCAACAGUGGGCCCAACACGAAUGGGAGCCAGUUCUUUAUUUCAUACGCCAAGCAGCCGCAUUUAAACGGGCUCUACACCAUCUUCGGCAAGGUCAUACACGGAUUUGACGUACUCGACCUCAUGGAAAAGGUGAGAUGA